CGUUGCAUUUUUAUUAUGCCUGACUGGCAGGAGGCAUUUGGGAUCUGGAUCUGUAUGCAAAGGUGUGUUCAAUCUUGCUUCUCCCAGCACAGUGACAUCAGCUUUGGCCAUAUCAAGUCACAGAGCAAACACAAGAGUUCUGACAACAUCCACUGCUCAAAGGAAAUAGUAGUGACACCCCUCCACAGCUACAUGUUAACAUGACAAACCAUCCACAGCUGCUUGCAAAGGGCCAAGGUGUUCCUGUUUCCAUCAUCCUUUAGCCAACAGUUCCCCUUUCCAGUGGUUCACUGGUCAGCAAGGUACCACUGAAUGUCACUCUGUGUCUCUGCAGCUAAAGGUCUCAAAACCGAAGUGUGAAACGACAGGAACAUUUAUUACAGGUUUCCACUACAACACAAGAGCUCUCACUUUUUGCAGCUUGAAAUAAACCCAACUCACAGCAUAGAAGCAAGUGCAACCACAGUGGUUUGAGCAGGAAAAGCCUUCUCAGGGGGGCUAGUGAAGGACUGGUGGGGGAAAGGAGGUGGUUCUCUCCCACCAGAAAAAGUACUGCCACUCAAAUUUUCCACUUAAGAGUCAGGCCCUCCAUGACACCGUAACAAUUAAGACUAGAAGUGACCACUGCAUGACAACAUAUAAACCUUGAGAAAGGGGGCUGACAGGAGACACUUUCUGCUGAGCCUUGACACAGAAGCCACAGCGAUGAAGCUCCACACCGCAGCAAUCCUGCUCCUCUUCUGGCUCGGCAUCUUCACUGUGCACACAGUCAAAGGGAGUGCAAGUAGUCAGGUCAUGCGCAAAUUCAGAUGUGUGAAUCUGUCUACAAAGCAAUUGAACAUCCAAAAUCUCAUCAACUAUGAAAGGCAACGAGUACCAAUAGAUGCUGUCAUGUUUAUCACUGCAAGAGGUAUCAGGAUCUGUGUAAGCCCUGAUCAGAAAUGGGUGCAGACUGCUAUAAAGAGAAUAGAUGACAGACGUGCUGCCAAACGCAAAUAAUCCAAGCAUCUUAGGCCAACCAUCUGCAAUUAUCGUCACUGCUGCAGAUAACAAGGAAGAAAACCUUGCUAUCUGCUUUUAUUUCCUAUUUAUUAAGUGGAAAUAAAAUCUUUGAACAAACACAAACUCAUCAGAAUCUAUUUAUCACUCUUUGAAUGUCAGCAAGCUUCUUCAUUUUAUGGUUGAACUCUCUUAGUCUGUAUAUUUUUCUGAAAUGCUUGUUAAUAUUUCUUUACAACUGAAUGUAGAUAUCAUCUCAUCCUUGCUGUCCUGACCAGGAUGGCAGAUAAUGGUGAAUGAAUGAUGGUUUCACAUAGUGUAGUGAAGAUGACUACCCACAGAGCUGGAAGAGUGCAGACCUCCAUACUGAUUGAGAUCAGAGCAUUCCACAUUGAGUGCUGAUUUUAAGAAGGUGCUGUAUAAGUUAAUCAGUCACACCUAUAUAACCUAUACACAAACUGAUUUCAUGCUUCAGGAUAUCACCUGGUCAAUGCCAUAUUCAGAAGAUGAUCCUUCAGUCUUCUAUUUUUACACAUGGUACUGCACUAUUAGCUCAGUUCACAAAGGUGUGAAUAUUCUCACAAAGGGAGGAUGUAGAGUAAUUCAGUGUAACUCAGUGAAUACAACCUAGUCUUGCUCUGGGGAAAUCUUAUCCUACCAAUGACAUCUGUGAAGUUACUUCCAUUUUGCCCUCAUGUGAAACAAACCUGAAACAAUGGGUUUGCUUUUUCCAUUGCUUUUCUCUGGAUUAAGAACAAGCUAUGUCUGGAAUCUGUAUUUCACAAACUCAUAGGAAUUCCCUGCCCUAAAGAACUAUGUACAGAGAAAUGUCUUAUUGUCUUGAGAUUGAUACAUGCUACUAACAGAAGGUUUUGAAUUUUAAUAAACUUUCUAUAAAUCUGA